UUGAAGUAUACGUUAUUAGACCCAGUCAAAAUUGCAACUGAAAGUUAGUUAGUAUGUUAUUGUUAUUAUUGUUAGUUUGGUAAGUUAGUUUGAGCGGCUAUUAGCUAUUUCCUUUACUGAUAUUUGUGUGUGUAUUUGGUUUGAAGUUGACUUGAGGGUGAUGUCCUGAGUUACUCAGAGCAAGUGGAAGACGGGAGCUCCUCAACGAAAAUGGGGAAUAGUCCUGCAAAACUAGCUUAAUUUUAUGAUGCUAACAAUUUCAUUCAUAUAUGAUUCUUUCUUCCCUUUUGCCACCACAGGACAUGGUGCAGUACUUUGAUCAAGUUGUGAAUAUGGUUCUUAAGUCACUAGAUGAUCCGGACUCCCGAGUACUCUGUGCUACUAUGCAUGCAAUUAAGUGUUUGACUGAAUAUAAGGAACUAUUAAUGAAUGGCCGGUAUCACAAGAAGUUAUUGGCUACACUAGUCCCCUCCAUUAGAAGUUACUCUUGUGCCCGUGUACAGAGAACUUUUCGCCAAAAUUAUUACGAUAGCACAAUGGAAGCACUGAAAGUCAUUGUGUUUAAUAAGCACAGUUUAUCUAGACUGUUGGUCCUUGCCAAAUAUCUUGAAUGCAUGGUAUAUCUUGUAAGGAAAGUUGGGCCAGAUAACUUCAAAGAGCAAGAAGCUAUUCAGGCGAGUAUUUCUGCUAAUUCUAUUUUAAAUUGGGUCAUGGAAUCUAUAAUAUCACUUGAAGGAAAAUUGAGCAAUAUAGAACACACGACAAAAUAUAUCAUCUUAAAGGUUCUGGAUCAAAUCUGUCGUUGCCCGAGAGUGAGUAUUGACAAAUUUACUGAUAAAAUUAUUCAAAUGUUGCUUGGAUCUGCGCAACUCUGUCUUGACUUAACGGUUGCUAAACUCAAGGAUGAUCAUAACAAGCGUUUAAUUGAAAACAUGAUGGUUCUGGUUUGUAAUACUUUGUCAUAUUGUGUUGUUCGGUCCUCUAUAAACUUUUCCACCUACAUUAGCAAGGUUGUUAUAUUAUUUGUGCAAAAGAUUAUUAAAAUUGGAACAAUGAAAGAACAAGGAGUUGGAACUUUGGGAGGUAGAUGUGAAUCUUUACCAACAGAAGAUACACUUCAGGUUGUAUCUUUAAACUCUCUUGCUUUUGAAUACACAUGCAUAGAGUAGGAGUAGUAAUCAGCUUUUUUGCAAAUCAUCAU